CAAGAGUCGCAUUCCGUUAUCCACCUCGUCGAUUGGCCGCCGACGCUGCUUAGCCUCUGAAGGCUUCGAAACAGUGUAAAAAUUAUUUUAGAAAGUUGGUUGUGUAUAGUGUGUUCAACAAAAUUAAGGUUUUGGUACAAGAUGAGAACGGUCUAAGGCAAGAAAAUGUCUCGAUUCGCUUGCUUCUUGGCCAUGGCUGGCGCCACCUCAGCGCAAUUAACGCUGGGAGGAAUCCGGUGUGGCCAAUUGACCUGCCAACUGGAAGAGUAUUGUUCCCCGGAGACCAACCGCUGUGCACCAUGCAACGUCGUAUGCAACAUAACCCAUCAUAAUCAUGACUCUGGACUCUGUGUUAAGGAAUGUCAAGGAUAUUUGCUUGACUUGAGAUAUCAGCGCAGGUCAGAGAACUCUGGUCCACCUUCGGACAUAUCCAGUGUGCAGCGACAGGCGCAGACUGCGUUGAUUAUAAGCUGUGUGGCCCUCGCCGUUUUGUUGCUCAUCUUGAUUAUUAUUUGUCGCGGAAGACUAUCGUGGCGUUACAUCAAACAGAAGCUACAACCAUCAAAGAAUCGCGUCAAGCAGCAGCCGACCGACUUAACGCAUUACAACCCGCAUGCCGAAAUGCCGAAACCGAAACCCGAGCUCAAAUUGGAAAUUCGAAACCCCGAGCCGCCGAAACGUCAAAAUCAACAACCUCUCAACGCUAAAGACCUAGACACGAGAACACAAACUGACAAGAGUCAAGGGGCUACAACUCCAAAGACUAUAAGCACAGCUAUCAGUAACAGACACCCAGCGGAAGACACUACUUUGGAUUUUUCAUAUGAUAAUAUGGGACUGAACGUCACACCUCCUGAACCAGCUGCUGGCCACAGGUUCUGAACUCAUACUGUGGGGGUGAAAAAAAAUACAACGAGCAUAUCAGAAUCAAUUUGCAGUUUUUAGCAACUUUUCUAUAGAAAGACAUUAUGCAGUUUUUUCGAAGGACAUUUUAUAAAAUAAUUUAAAACUAGUUUACAGUAAUUUUUCAAUGACUUUGUAGUUUCGUACUUGAAUCUUUUAUAUAACUGUUAUUGGAAUUUCUCGAUACUAUACCUAAUGUGUAAGUAAUUGUAAUUCUUUUUCAAUAUUAGUUAAAUUUAAGUACUCCCAUUUUACGAGUAUAUUUUAUGGAUUUGAUACAGGCAAUAUUCAAUUUUUCAUGGCAGAUAUUAUCUGUUAAACCUUUUAUGCUGUUAUAACACCUUCGUUAAGAAACAGCAAAAAAAAAACAGCUGAAGUUCCGCUGUAACUUGUCACUUGUAUAAUACACGAAAUAGGAGCGUUUGACUACAAAGGUAAACGGGCACUUUAGUAUGGAAAGCAUACCGCGGCGGUCGACACAAGCGAAAUUAACAGUAUGUACCUAUCUAUGUAUAUGAUCUACGAGUACCUAUACUGACAUAGGUUGCGUUGUUGUGGGCCACGGGAAUCACGAAAAAAUUCAAAUAAUUUUUGUACCAUGAAAGAAAAACCUAUUGAUUUUUACUCUUUUCAAUGUUCAUAAAUUUUUCCCCAUCGGUUCUGGAUUCAAAGGAUACGAUAUUAUCUUUCAUUUAAAACUGUUUUGAUGCCCGUCAACCGGUCAAUUAUGCCCCAUUCACUUUGACUAGGUAGGUACAUAUCUAUCGCUUUCCUAUAAACCCAGCGAAGUACCUACUUUACAGCGAAGUGCCUCUAGCACAUUUUCGACGCGAAACAAAAGUGAAAUCCCUACACAUUUCGUUUAGAGGUUUUAAAUCAUGUGGGUAGGAAAUGGAUUCAUAGUCAAGUUUGAGAAACAUAAAGCAUGGCGGAUCUUCUGCGGUUUCGCUGUUAUUUCGCGGCGAUGUGGUAGAGGCUUAUUGUGCAAUUUCCUCAGCUCAUUAGCAAAAUUACUGAACAUCACAUUCGCAUAGUUCAAUACAUCACAAUAGUAUCAAUUAGUAAAGUAGGUACCUAGCUACCUAGACGUAAUAAUUGUUAUCAGUUUAUUACAUUAGGAAAUUGCAUUCCUACUACAUACAAUGCGUGUGAGAUAUUGAUUAUGAUAACGUGCAAUUACUAAUUCGUCUGUGUUGGUGUUAGCUGGCGGGCGUGCUCUGCCUUUUUGGAGUGUUUUUUUUUGUUGAAACUGACUGGAAAGCGCUCUAAGGGGGUGUUGUGCGUGUGUCGGCGAGCGUCCUCACAGACGGGGUCCAAUACUUGUAUAGUUUUCCUAACUUGUUGCAAAUAAUUGCAAAUUUGACAUUGGCUAAUCUUUGUAAAGCCAGACGAGAGAGAAAAAAAAAGGUAUGUAAUUUCUUUAUACAACUGCUAAAUCGCAAUACCUGCAAGUGAGUCGUAUUUUUUCAGCACUGAAAAUAUAUGUUAUAUUUUGAUCUGACGUUAUCAGCUUUUCUCCGAUGCAACCGAUUUGGUCGGCUUUUUGUAGUUCUUGCGAAGUAUUCUUCUUAUCGUCUUAAAAGUACCUAUUUGUAUAUUUUGAUUAGACACCCAAUUAAAAUGUUAACAUAGUUAUAGAUUUUACAGUUAAACUGUCUUCAUACUUAACAAAAUAUAUACUGUCAAAAAUGACGCAAUAUGUAUAAAUUAAUUAAUUUUACCUAUAUUAUCAUUUAUAUUUUAAGUAAUUAUAUGUUAAGGAUCUUUCAUACUGAUAUAAUAUUACUAGGAACACUAAGAAUGAUAAUAAUCUUAAUCAGACUCGAAUUUCAAUUUAACAAUAAUGAUAAUAUUAAUUUAUCAAUACGUGUAUUCGUAGAGCAAUAACUCAUUGCGAUGUUAACAUAAUUGCUGUAAACUUGUUUGAUCUAGUUAUAUUAGGUGCAAUCGAUGUACUGAGUUUAAGUUUUCAAAGAGUGUAUUGGACUUUUGGAGUAUCAUAAAUAGAAUAGAAUAGAAUAGAAUAGAUUUUUAUUCAAAUAAACUUUUACAAGUGCUUUUGAAUCGUCAAAUAAUUUACCACUGGUUCGGAAUGCCGUUCCUACCGAGAAGAACCAGCAAGAAACUCGGCGGUUGCUCUUUUCAAUUGUGCAAUUUACAAUAAUAUUCAAUUUAUAAAUCCACUAGAUUUGCUCGUCCAUACUAAAUUAAUUAUUUCGUUUAGCUCUCAAAUCGUAGGAGUUAACUAGGAGAGCACAAUAAAGUGAGCGUUUAGGCCUAAAAACAAAGCACUUUUAAAAAGGGAGAAAAUGUCAUAAAACGUUAUUAUAUAUGAAAAAAAAAAAAGAUUCCGACGAAUUGAGAUCCUCCUCUUUUUUUUGAAGUCGGUAAAAAAACUAAAUUGUAAUGAAAUUUGAUCUACUUAAUCUAAUUUUAUCUAGGUGUAAUCUAAUAGAAAUCGUGGUGAAAUAAAAUUUUCAGCUUAGC